GCACUUUGACUGCAUUAGCACCAAAGAAGAAAUUGUAGUUUAAAGAUGGCGCCACCCGGCGUUUUACUCGUGCGCCUGAGAGCGUUGUGCAACCUAGGCAAAUGUCUUCAGACGGGAGUCCCAGCAGCGUCACACUUGGGCGCAGGGAUGCGCUGGUGUGGGACAAAAGUGGCCAGCUUCCGACCGUACGACACGUCGCGUUUCCACUCUAAACGAGGAAACAUUGGCGCCAACUUGCUGGAAGAGUUCCCAGACGCCAAAAGUCUCCUGAAUAACACCAUCGCUCGCUCACUGGGAGUCAACGACCUGUCCGAUCUCAUCCAGUACACCUGCACUGAGGAAGCGGGCGUCAAGAAAGCCACUGUGACCGUACUAUGGCCCUGCAAGAUCGAGGAGGACGGCUACGCCUCCAAGAAAGUCAACGCAGAGCGAAGUGCCGCGGCUGCCGCUUGCCACAAGCUCAAAGAAAUGGGUGUGAUUGGUCCAGACAAUCAGCUACCCAGAAGGAGAUCCGGUAGGGGGGGAGGAGGAGGAGUGCGUUCAUCACUUUACGAUGACAAAGACUCCCAGACUGACGGCGUCCACGCUGCCCGGAUCGAAUCGGGACCGCCGCCGCCUGAAAAUGAGUCUGACAUAUCUGAAGCGCUCUCUCUCUUUCCUUAUCCCAAAGUUCUCUUGACCAGGGUGGUCCAGGUGGCCACGUCGUCUAACAGUUUCAAAGAGCUGAUACGGUUCACGACGAGAGGCGGCAAGCUCAAGACGUGCGAGCUGACCCUGCGCUGGCCGCAGGAAAUGACCUUCACGGCGACGGCGAGCAACAAAGUCACUGCGGAAAAGCGGGCGGCGGCUCUCGCCUGCGUGAAACUGAAGGAGCUUCAGUUGCUGGAUAAGAACAACAACCCACUGACCCACGCCAAGUACCACGGGGCCAAGGUGAGGGAGGCGGGAGAACGCGAGCGGCGUCCCCUCCGGGUUGAAGUUCCCACGUAUCUGGAAGAGCGAUUGAGGGAAUAUCUUGCAAAGUAUCCGGUAGAAGCAGAAGUGCAGAAGCUCUACGAGGAAGAGGACGAUGCUGUCAACCAGGAAGGAGCAGAAGAGGAAGACUUGACGCUGGACGCCAUCACGGGGAGACCGUACAGGCCCCGGUCUCCGCAGGAAGCGCGGCGCAUCAACGAGCGCCUGCAAGAGGAGUGGCAAAGCGCCAGGCAGGGCCUGAGCACGGAGCUUCCGGUGGACGCCCACCGGCAGCGCGUGGUCUCGGCCGUGCGCGACUCCCGGGCGGUCGUGAUCGCAGGCGAGACCGGGUGCGGCAAAACCACUCGCAUCCCUCGUUUCCUUCUGGAGGAUCGCGUGACUGCGAGACACGGUGCGGACUGCAACAUUCUGGUGACGCAACCUCGACGAAUCAGCGCCGUGUCGGUGGCCCAUCGCGUGGCCCAGGAAAUGGGCCCUGCUCUCAAACACUCGGUGGGGUAUCAGGUUAGACUUGAGAGCAGACCGCCGGAGCAGAGCUCCGGAGCCUUGCUCUUCCUGACGGUGGGCGUCCUCCUGAGGAAGCUGCAGUCCAACCCCACCCUGAGGGGCAUCAGCCACGUGGUGGUGGACGAGGUUCACGAGCGCGACGUCAACACGGACCUCCUGCUGGCGCUGCUGCGCUCGUGCAUGACUAACAACCCCGACCUGCGGGUGGUGCUGAUGAGCGCCACCGGAGACAACCAGCGGCUGGCGCGCUAUUUUGGAGGAUGUCCUGUGGUCAAGGUGCCCGGAUUCAUGCACCCCGUGCGGGACAGAUACCUGGAGGACGUGCUGAGGGAGAUGGGGCGCCCCUCGCCUGUUGAAAAGAGCGAACAGUCCACCAAUGCGAGGCAAAGCGAUGAAGUCAGUCCAGAUCUGGAACUCGUCGCUGACGUCAUCGAGCACAUCGACAGAUGUGGAGAACCAGGUGCCUUAUUGUGUUUCCUGCCUGGGUGGCAGGACAUCAAGACUGUUCAAGACGCGCUCCAGAUGAAGCCUGAAUUUUCUUCUCGCUCGCACAUGAUCCUGCCGCUGCACUCUAGUUUGUCAGUGGCAGACCAGCAGGCGGUCUUCCAGCGCCCCCCAGAGGGCCAGCGGAAAAUUGUCCUAGCCACCAACAUAGCGGAGACUUCCAUCACCAUCGACGACGUUGUUCACGUGGUGGAUGCGGGAACACACAAGGAGCAUAGUUACGACCCACGCACUAAAGUGUCUUGUCUGGACACGGUGUGGAUAUCCCGAUCUAACGUGACGCAGCGAAAAGGGCGAGCGGGGCGCUGUCAGCCGGGUCAGUCCUACCAUCUGUUCCCACGCAAGCAACUGGACGCCAUGACGCCCUUCCCCAUCCCUGAGAUCCUGCGCACCCCCCUGGAGAGCCUCGUGGUCCAGGCCAAAAUCCACAGUCCAAAAUUAAAGGCGGUUGAGUUUUUAUCACAAGUGUUGGACAGCCCCGAACAGGCAGCUGUGUCAGACGCCGUCCGAAAUCUGCAAGACAUCGGCGUCCUGGACCAAUCGGAAACGCUGACACCUUUGGGAGAGCGCGUGGCCUCGCUGUCGUGUGACCCGCGUCUGGGCAAAGUUUUGGUGCUGGGCGCCAUGUUCCGGUGCACGUUGCCCAUGUUGGCCGUUGCCGCCUGUCUCACCAGAGACCCUUUCCGCAACAGCCUGCAGAACCGAGCGUCUGUCGCCAAGGUCAAAGAGAGUCUGAGCGGUUCCAGCUGCAGCGACUACCUGGCGUUCAGUCGCGCCGUGCUGGGCUGGAGGAGGCUUCAGCAGCAAGGAGACCGCCAGGACCGAGACCUCUACUUGGAGAAGCACAGCUUGUCCAAGGCCAGCCUGCGCUUCAUCAAUGGUCUCAUCAAUCAGUUCAGCGAGAACCUGCACGAGGCUCAGCUGGUGUCCCGUGCCAGCGAGUGCCAACGUCCCUCAUCGCUCGUCAACCAGCACAGCGGGCAGGAGCAGAUGCUCAAGGCCGUGCUGCUGGCAGGACUCUAUCCUAACCUCAUCCAGGUGAAGCGAGGCAUUGUGACCAAAGGGGGCCGCUUUCGUCCCAACAGACUGUCAUUCCGCUCACUGGGCGGCGGCGUCCUGCUUCACCGCUCCUCCGUCAACAGAGGGAACGACGAGCUUCCUUGUCGAUGGCUCACUUUCUUUGGCGCCGUCAAAUCCAACGGCUCCGUUUUCAUCCGCGACUCGUCAGCGGUCCAUCCGCUCGCCUUGCUCCUGCUCACAGACUGUGACGUCGCAGAGACGGUGAGCGGAGACGACGUGGAGGUGGCGCUCGCGGGCCGCUCGCUGGCACGCUGCCAACUGUCCGCCGACACGUGGGAGCUUCUGUGGGAACUGCGUACGUCCGUCCAGGCCAUGCUGCGCCGCAACCUCAGGCAGCCCGCCGGCCCCGCCGUGCACUCGGGCCAGGACGGCGAGCUCAUCUCACUGCUUGUGGAGCUGCUCAACAACACAGACGCUAACCCGUGGACUCGAAAUGAUAGCGAGGUGGACUGAUGCACAGAGCUGACGAACCACACUGCAGUUGUUUAUUUGCUCAUUUUGUUUAAUUAUUGCAAGUACAUUUUUUGAAUCGGUACCUGAUAAAGUAGUGUUGAAGAAAUCCAUUUGUUUGGAUUGUGCAAACUCAUGUAUUCUAUUGAAUGACUUAUAAAAAGUCAAAUGUUUAUCAUGUUGUUUUGAUAAAUUAUAUUAUCUUAUAUACAGUUGAAUGCCCCAAAGCUCAUACGAUGUGGAGUUCAACCAGAAUAAAAAUUCAAACCAUUGUCCAUCAUCUUGUGGAA